GAUGAGUUGAAUUAACGGUCAAUUGUAGGGAUGAGAAAGAGAAAAAAAAAUAUUUCAAUUAAAUGGUUAAUUAAUUAAUUCGAUUAAUUAGGCGAAGAGAAAAAAGGUGAAAUGAGUCACUUGAGGUGUUGGAGAACAUUAAAUGUGUGAGCAAAAUGGUUGAUCGAAUAAAAAAGAAAAGAGAAUAGAAAAUGAAAAAAGAGGGAGAACAUUUUUGGAGAAAAGAUUAGACAACAAUCGACCUUGAUUGUUGAGACUUUAACCCCCAAAUCUUCAAGUGAUUAACAAGUGAAGUGUUUAAGGUCCUAAUUUAAUUCUACUUAAUUAGUUGAUUGUUAAUUGUGAUUCUUUUCUCUCUUUCGCUCUCUCUCUCUCUCUCUCUGUGUUUCUCUCUCGAUUUUUCUAUUAUUAGUGAUUAACUUUAUCUUCUUCUCAAUUUUCACCUCUCACUUUUUUCUCUCUCGCUUUUGUUUUUCUCUCAUUUUCUUUUUUUGGCUACUUUUUUUUUCUCUGCUAUUUUUCUUAUGCCAUAAACUACAGGUUGACAUUUUUUUCUUUCUCUCUCAUCAUCAUCUUUAUCUGUAUUUCUCUCUCCCGUUCUUCUGUUCUGUUUUCUUUUCUUACUUUAUUCCAUUGUCGUUAAUUGAUUUUUGGUUGAUUUUAAUUGGUGUUUAAAAAAAAAGUACAACUAUUCAUAUAAAUCUUGGUUUUGUUUGCGCUUUGAUUGUGCUAAAGUGUUUUUGAUAAUUGAGUUGAAAUUAUUGUUCCCUCUCUCUCUCUCUCUCUCUCUCUGGCUUGUUGGGCAUUUUUGUCCGUUUAUCUGAGGAUAAAUUUUAAGAGAAACAAAAUGGCCGAGCCUCAUGUUGAUGGUGAUAAUAAAAAUGGUGGACAUGAGGAAUAUGCUGUUGAGGCGAUUAAAAGUAAAAAAAUUAUCGAUGGUGUUACUUAUUAUCUCGUUAAAUGGUUAGGGUGGCCGUUAGAGGAAAGUACUUGGGAGCCGGAGGCCAAUUGUGAGAAAUGUGAAAAUUUAAUCCAAGAAUAUGAGGACGAACAACAAAGAAAAGCUGACGCAUUAGUUAAAGCUGAAGAUUCAUCUAAUUCAUCUGAUGUUGAAGUUAUUUACCGUCGUCGUAAAAGAGGCCGAAGGAAAAAUUUAUCUUCGAGAAAUAAAAUUGAUUUAACUGUGGAUGGUGAUGAUGAUGAUUCCGAUUAUGAGAAAUCUCGUAAAUCUAAAAAAAGGAGAGUAAAAAAAGGUAAUAACUCUUAUCAUGAAAGUGGCUAUUUGAGUACCGAUUUUCUCAACGAUGAAUCAACAACUACUGUUGAUUCAGAUUCAAAUACCAUUCCUAAGAUGAAAAAAACACGACUGGUCAGAGAAAAUGAAGCCAUACAAAUUUAUUUAGGUUCCAGUGGAAGUGCAGCAUCUCGAUCACGACAUCGAUCAAGUGGAUUUUCAAGUGAAGACUCAAAAAGGACAAAAUUACCAAUAACAUCAUCAAUAUGUGUCAAUGGAAUAACAAAAAUCGAAGAGGUUGACCAACAGCAACCACAACAACAACACCAACAAGAAACCAUUGAAAUAACCUCAAGUCAACCAUUGGAACAGCCAGUUAAUCACCACCAAAUCGAUGAAUCAAAAUUUGAACCCAAAUUUGAAGUUACCUUUGAAUCGCCAUUCGAAAGCAAAUUUGAAAUAACAGAUGAACCAACAUUUUUACCUCCUUUAGAAGAUGAAAAGCCAAUCCUGUGUAUUGAAAGUUCAUCAGAUGAAAAUGAUGAUGAAGAAGAGGAAGAGGACGAUGAGGAAGAUGAAGAUUACGAGUCCUCAUAUUUUGGUUGGGAGAGAGGGAAACAGAUUGAAGAAAUACUCGAAUGGUAUGGAUACCGUAAUGAGAUUCUUCAUCUUGUCAGGUACACUGACGGUGAAGAAGAAUAUGUUGACGAUUCUUAUACCUGUCGAAAAUAUCCUAUGCUUGUUUACGAAAUGUAUCGUCGAUAUAUUGGUGAAGAAUUGUCAGAAAAUCAAACAAUUUGGUUUAAUUAUGCAAUCCAACGGUUCCAAGAGAUUGAAGAGAAUGGACCUUAUGAAAAUGAAUCAUCAGGAGAAAAACAAUCAGCCAAUGAAUCACCACCACCGCCAUCAUUAUCAUCUGAUGAGGGUGAUGAAGAUUCUGAAAAUAAUGAGAAUAAAUUAGAUCAAGAGAUACGAGAUGAAGUUGAAAUUGAUUUUGCAAAUUGAUUAUAACUGUUGUUUGUACGCAUUGUAAAUAUUAAUCAAACAAAUCAACCAAAACAAAAAACCAAAUUCAUUCAUUGUUUUUUACAUUUCAAUAAAUAAAAUCAUUUCUUCACUAA